CGAAAUUGCUUUCUCCCCAUUUCAUUUUCACUUUCACAUACUCCUUUUGUAAAACGUAACUUCUCUUUCCCCAAUUUACCCCUACAUUCAAUCUCUCAUGGCGGAGGAUCGGAGACGCCAUGAACAACCUACUAACUCCGGUAGAAGGAGCCUGAAGAGGAAGCUGGAGGACGAAUUAAUCGUAGAUCAUAAGUUCAUUUCUACAGACGACGUUUCUCAACAAGAUCUAUUAUAUGAAAUUCGUGCUCAGGUUGAAGUACUCGAUUCUACUUUCUCAUCGAGUGAAGCAGAUCGUGCCCUAGUCAAACGCUCACUUCACGUCCUCUCCGAGUUCGCAAAGAAUGAGGAUAUUGUGAACUUGAUCGUCGAAUCUGGUGCUGUUCCAGCCCUAGUACGGCAUCUUCAAGCGCCACAGUCACUAGAAGAGGUUGUUACUGGCACAAUACCGUAUGAACAUGAGGUGGAAAAAGGAAGUGCUUUUACUCUUGGACUUCUUGCAAUUAAGCCUGAGCAUCAACAACGCAUAGUGGAUGCUGGAGCCUUACCUCAUCUGGUUGGUCUUCUUAAGAGACAGCUGGAUGGCCAAAGUUCUCGAGCACUGAAUGGUGCCAUAAGGAAAGCAGCUGAUGCAAUCACCAACCUUGCUCAUGAAAAUAGCAGCAUCAAGACCCUUGUUAGGGUUGAAGGUGGCAUUCCUCCACUUGUUGAAUUGUUAGAAUCCAGUGAUGCUAAAGUGCAAAGAGCUGCAGCGGGAGCCUUGCGUACACUAGCUUUCAAAAAUGAUGAAAACAAAAACCAGAUAGUGGAAUGUAAUGCUCUGCCCACCCUUGUUCUAAUGCUUCAUUCAGAAGAUGCUGCUAUACACUAUGAAGCGGUUGGUGUGAUUGGCAACCUUGUGCACUCAUCCCCAAAUAUAAAGAAGGAAGUUCUCCUUGCUGGAGCAUUGCAGCCUGUAAUUGAAUUGCUUAGUUCAACUUGUUCAGAGAGCCAAAGAGAAGCUGCAUUACUACUUGGACAGUUUGCUGCUGCUGAUACAGACUGCAAGGUACAUAUAGUUCAAAGAGGUGCUGUUGGUCCACUAAUUGAUAUGUUGCAGUCUCCAGAAGCUCAACUGAAGGAAAUGUCAGCUUUUGCACUUGGGAGGUUGGCACAGGACACUCACAAUCAAGCUGGUAUUGCACAUAGUGGUGGCAUUGUUCCAUUAUUGAAACUUCUAGAUUCAAGAAAUGGCACUCUGCAACACAAUGCUGCAUUUGCUUUGUAUGGACUUGCAGAUAAUGAGGAUAAUGUUGCUGAUCUGAUAAGAGUUGGUGGUGUUCAAAAGCUGCUGGAUGGUGAAUUUGUUGUUCAACCAACUCGGGAAUGUGUAGCAAAGACAUUGAAGAGGUUGGAGGAGAAGAUUCAUGGAAGGGUGUUGAGUCAUUUGCUGUACCUGAUGCGUAGUUCUGAGAGAAAUGUUCAAAGACGAGUUACCUUGGCUCUUUCACAUCUCUGUUCGCCUGAUGACCAGAAAUCAAUAUUUGUGGAUAGCAUUGGAUUGGAUAUACUUUUGGAGCUUUUCCAAUCAAGCAAUUCAAAACAUCAAGAAGACAGUUGUGUUGCUUUGCGAAAGCUGGCUGAAAAAGCUACUUCACUUAAUCCUGUGGAUGCAGCAGGACCAUCAUCUCCAAUAUCUCAGGUAUAUUUGGGUGAGCAGUAUGUGAACAACCCUACACUUUCUGAUGUAACUUUCCUGAUUGAAGGCAAACGGUUUUAUGCUCACAGAAUCUGCCUGCUUGCUUCUUCUGAUGCGUUUCGGGCAAUGUUUGAUGGUGGUUACAGGGAGAGAGAUGCAAAAGAUAUUGAGAUACCAAAUAUAAGUUGGGAGACAUUUGAGAAAAUGAUGAGGUACAUUUACAGUGGAUCGGUGGAGGUGGAUCUGAGAAUAGCCCAGGAUCUCCUUAGAGCUGCCGACCAAUAUCUUCUAGAUGGGCUCAAGCGUCUUUGUGAAUACACCAUUGCACAGGAUAUUACGCUUGACAAAGUAGCAUAUAUGUAUGACUUAUCAGAGGCCUUCAAUGCUGUCUCCUUAAAGGAUGCUUGCAUUCUGUUUAUUUUGGAACACUUUGACAAAUUAAAUUCAAAACCAUGGUAUGGUAGUUUGAUGAAGCGGAUGUUGCCAGACAUGUGUGAUUACUUUAUGAAGAUACUUGGCAAGCCACUGAAAUGAAAUCUGAGAGAGAUGAUUUAGAUCUAGGUUUGUUGUUUUCAAGGGAAAAUGUACAGAAAGUAAUCAGUUUGUGUUGUUUUUUUCAAGGGAAAUCAUGCAUCACAGCUGUAAUUCGUCAACAGAAUGUGUAUUUCCGAACAUGAUUAAUGCCCUUAUUGCCAAUUUGCUAUACAAGAGUCGACAGGGG